GAUCUUCUUGGCAUUUCGAAAAUAUUCGGCGAUCUAGACGGUUGGGCGUUGUUGUGCUGCGACUGGUUUACGCGUUAAUUGUAAAUUUGAAUAUCCAGCUUUGGAUUUUUAUUUUUUUUGUGUGUUUAUUUAUUAGUGAAACCCGUGAUAUCAAAAAUUUCUACAGUCUUCUUCAGUGUUGUAUAUAAGUUACAAUAAAAGGAAACUUUCAAAAUGGGCUGUACAUCCGGUGUAAUGAAAUUUGUUUUGAACAUUAUGAACGUCCUGCUGGCGCUCUUCGGCCUCGCAUUGAUAGCUUUGGCAGCCCUGUCCUUCAAUACUGCACCCAAAGUCUACAUCUACUAUCUAUUUGUAGUGGGUGCUGUUAAUUUCAUAGCGGCUAUGUUGGGUUGUUGCGGCAUUUGCCAGGAGGAUGUUUGUCUCACGACUACGUAUGCCAUCCUUAUAGCGCUUUCAUUGGCUUCACAAAUAGUUGGCAAAAUUUAUGCCUCCGAUUCGAAUGCCAUCAAGGAGUUUGCUGCCAAAGAUGUGGAAAAGACGUGGCUGGAGGAAAUCAAAUUACCUGGUGCCAUGAAUAAUACACAGCAAACGUAUCACUGCUGUGGCAAAAUCGGUCCCAAUGAUUACUUUUCCAUCGGACGGCUCGCUUAUCCCGCUAGCUGUUACCCCAAAAUGGUUUACAAUCAAACCGCACUCUGGACAACUGGUUGCAUCAAAGCUGCCGAGUAUGAAUUCUCCAGCAUUUUCACUUACUCAUCGAGCGGUGAAUGGGGAAAUCUUAUUAUCACGGCUGUGAUGCUGUUGUUCGCUAUUUAUCUGGUGAUACGUUUCCGUAGUAAACAGCGUCGGUAUGAUUAUUAAGCCGAAUUUCACAAGCGUAACAUAUAGCUUUUAUGUUUACUAAAAAUGAAUGUUAAUUCGGGAAGAUGAACAAAAAGCAAAAAAAUAUUUUCGCACUAAAAAUUCGAUAAGUCAUCCAAUAAUUGAACAAAGCUUUAAAUAUGUACAAUCCACAUAUGUAUGUACGUAUACGUGCAUGUAUUUAACGUACAUAUGUAUUUUUCUAUAGGCAUUUAACAGGUUUUCACAUGCCGAAAUGUAUUUACUAUAAAUUUUAUUUAUGAGUAUGAUUAUACUUUUUCAUUCUAAAUUUUGUAAUAAAAAUAAAUAAUAUUUGUUGUUAUUCACUAAACUCAAAA